AGUCUAGGGGGUGAGAGGGCAAGGAGGCUAGAAAUUCCUAGGAGGUGGUCCGGAGAGCUCGUGAGCACGCACCCUUUCUCCCUGUUCUCCUUUAUUCUUAAGUGUUGGUCGCUGCGGGGUUGGUGUAUGGCCACGGAAUUACGGUGUCCGGACUCCAUGCCCUGUCACAACCAACAAGUAAACUCUGCCUCUGCCCCAAGCCCUGAGCCGCGGCGACCCGGCGACCUGAUCCCAGAUUAUGUGGUGGGAAACAACACCCCCAAGGCCAAACCGGCUCUCCUCUCCAGUCCUGCCCAGUCUAGUGUAUUGGGGGAGGGGAGCCCUCAGGCCUGCAGCAGCGCCAGCCUCAACCCGGAGCACAAGUGUGGCAGUGGCAACUGUGACGCAUUGGCCGGCGACUCCCUCCUAAGGGACAGCCAACUCUCCUCGCAGAUUGGGGCUCAGCUUAAGCUGCUGCCUAUGAAUGAGCAGAUCCGGGAGCUGCAGACCAUCAUCAGGGACAAGACAGCGAGUAGAGGGGACUUCAUGUUUUCUGCGGAUCGUUUGAUCAGACUUGUUGUGGAAGAGGGAUUGAAUCAGCUGCCUUAUAAAGAAUGCACAGUGACCACUCCAACGGGCAGAAUGGAGGCUCAUAAAAGGGACAGAAUGAGUAGGCUCUCUGGUGUGGCUCACAGAUACAAGUAUGAAGGAGUGAAAUUUGAGAAGGGAAAUUGUGGCGUCAGCAUAAUGAGAAGCGGUGAGGCAAUGGAACAAGGUUUACGAGAUUGCUGUCGAUCCAUACGUAUUGGAAAGAUCCUGAUUCAGAGUGAUGAGGAGACACAAAGAGCCAAAGUAUAUUAUGCCAAGUUCCCUCCAGACAUUUAUAGGAGAAAAGUCCUUCUGAUGUACCCAAUUCUCAGCACUGGAAAUACUGUAAUUGAAGCUGUAAAGGUGCUUAUCGAACAUGGAGUUCAACCCAGUGUUAUCAUCCUACUCAGUCUGUUCUCCACUCCUCAUGGUGCCAAAUCAAUCAUUCAAGAGUUCCCAGAUAUCACAAUUUUAACUACUGAAGUUCAUCCUGUUGCACCUACACAUUUUGGACAGAAAUACUUUGGAACUGACUAAGUUGUUAAAGUAAAGUUAAUUAUCUUGUGUAAUAUUAUAGUUAUAUUUUGAGUUUCUAUCUGUUUUACUGAUUCACUUGAGAACUGGCAGAGAAAAUUGUGUUAAAGAUGUUUUGUAACUUGAAAGUGGAUAUAGUAAAAAGAAAAGAUUUGAGGUUU